AUGUUCUCGCCGCUUUGCCUCGUGUUCCUCCUCCUUGCUUUGGCCCAAGUGGCCUUUGCCGAGCCGCCCGUUGGCGCGGCAUCGCCAUUCAACUAUUACACUGAGAGACUUGCGCCUUGCGGAAGUCCUCUUGGGUCUGGGGAGAGAGUCGUGCUUCCCACGAAGAGUGCUCGUGUUGCCUUCUUCGCCGAGCGAGACGUCGGUCUCAACCUGGCGAUUUCAUACUCUCAGGAUCCCGCCUUCCAAGAAGACUUCGAGAGCCUGAAGUACAGCAUCGCUGCCGGCCCCGUCGACCUCGUCUCCGGCAUAACCUGCAUCAUCCUCGGCACCCCAAUCCCCGGUGCAGCCCACGGCCGCAACGCCACGCUGCAGCUCAAGUACCUGUCCAACUACGACUCUCCGAACCACUACAGGUAUAGGUACUCGUGCGCGGACAUUGUCUUCUCGGACAAGGUGGACAACUCCAACGGGGACAUUUGCCGGAACAAGACGCGGUCCGUUGCCUACGACAGGCUUGACCCCGGCAUGUUCCUUGACGAGCCGGUGGAUGAGGAGCAGGACGACCAUGAGCAGCCGCCGCCGCCGCCGCCGUCGGACAUGGGGAACUAUGUCCAGGUUAAGGUGGACGGGCCUCCCUUUCCCAGUUGGGGGGUUGCUCUGAUUGUCGUGGGAGUGAGCUGGUUCCUUCUGGCAAGCGGCCUUCUCUUUUGGAAGUUUGUCGCUGAGCCGCGCAGAAAACGCAUCAAUGCGCAGAAGGCUCCGUGGGUUCCUCCUCCUGUUUGA